AACCCUUGAGAUAAAAGAGACUUUUCUUGUUCUUUGAUCAGAAAAAAAAAAAAAAGUCUUGACUCCAGUGGGCCAUAUGGUCACACUAAGUUAUUUGGGAUGGAGAUAUGGAGGACAACCUUCCAGGGAGGGUUAAAAUUCUGAAGUCUCAAUGUUGACGUUGUCUCUCAAAGGACAAAACCUUCGGUUGAGCAGCUCUGACUUCCUCUUUCCUUUUGCUUCCUUUCCCUGGAGGUAACAUUUAUCUUCAUCUCUUUCGAAAACACUUUUUUCCUUCUUAAUUUGCCAGUGAUGCCAACAGUCAUUAAGGCUUCUGUGGCUCAGCCAACAAGGGCUGGGCCCCUCUCCCCAGGACUGAUUCCUCCCCCGGUCCAUACCCCAACCACCGAUACAGGUGGGCUGAAUACUGGGGGCAUCUAUUCAGCUAUUAUCAGCCGGAAUUUCCCUAUUAUUGGCGUCAAGGAGAAGACUUUUGAGCAGCUACACAAGAAAUGUCUAGAAAAGAAGGUUCUGUAUCUGGAUCCUGAUUUCCCCCCCGAUGAGACCUCUCUGUUCUACAGUCAGAAGUUCCCCAUCCAGUUUGUCUGGAAGAGACCACCGGAAAUCUGCGAGAAUCCCAGGUUUAUCAUUGGUGGAGCCAACAGAACUGACAUCUGCCAAGGCGAUUUAGGGGACUGUUGGUUCCUGGCUGCCAUUGCCUGUCUGACUCUGAAUGAGCGACUACUUUUCCGAGUUAUCCCCCAUGAUCAGACUUUCACUGAAAACUAUGCCGGGAUCUUCCAUUUCCAGUUCUGGCGCUAUGGAGACUGGGUAGAUGUGGUUAUUGAUGACUGUCUUCCAACCUAUAACAACCAGCUGGUCUUCACCAAAUCCAAUCAUCGCAAUGAAUUUUGGAGUGCUCUGCUGGAGAAGGCCUAUGCAAAGCUCCAUGGCUCUUACGAAGCCCUGAAAGGCGGCAACACCACAGAAGCGAUGGAGGACUUCACUGGAGGAGUGACAGAGUUCUUUGAGAUCAAGGAUGCUCCCAGAGACAUGUACAAGAUCAUGAAGAAAGCUAUUGAGAGGGGUUCCCUCAUGGGCUGCUCCAUUGAUGUGAGUUCAAGGGCAUCCAGUGAGUCAGAAACACCAUUUGGGCAUUUCAUAAAUGACUGUUCAUUGAUUGAUUGCUUUUUGUCCAAGACAACAUUCAAAGGAGAGAAGGUGAAGCUGGUGCGGCUACGGAACCCCUGGGGACAGGUGGAAUGGAAUGGCUCCUGGAGUGAUGGCUGGAAGGACUGGGUCCUGAUUGACAAAGAGGAGAAAUCUCGCUUGCAGCACCAAGUGACAGAAGAUGGGGAGUUCUGGAUGUCCUAUGAAGAUUUCAUGUACAAUUUCACAAAGCUUGAGAUCUGCAACCUCACAGCUGACGCCCUGGAAUCUGACAAGCUCCAGACCUGGACUGUGUCUGUGAAUGAGGGACGGUGGGUGCGGGGAUGCUCUGCAGGAGGCUGCCGCAACUUUCCAGACACUUUUUGGACCAAUCCUCAGUAUCGCCUGAAACUUCUGGAGGAAGAUGAUGACCCCGAAGACAAUGAGGUCGUUUGCAGCUUCCUGGUGGCCCUGAUGCAAAAGAAUAGGAGGAAAGAUCGGAAAUUGGGGGCCAACCUCUUCACCAUUGGCUUUGCCAUCUAUGAGGUGCCAAAAGAGAUGCAUGGGAACAAACAGCACCUUCAAAAGGAUUUCUUCUUGUACAAUGCCUCCAAAGCUCGGAGUAAAACCUAUAUCAACAUGCGUGAAGUAUCUGAGCGCUUCCGCCUGCCCCCCAGCGAGUAUGUCAUCGUCCCCUCCACCUACGAUCCCCACCAAGAAGGAGAAUUCAUCCUUCGUGUCUUCUCUGAAAAGAGGAACCUUUCUGAAGAUGUUGAAAAUACAAUUGCUGUGGACCGCCCUGUGAAAAAGAAAAAGAACAAGCCCAUCAUCUUCGUGUCUGACAGAGCAAACAGCAACAAGGAGCUGGGUGUGGACCAUGAGUCUCAGGAGGGCAAGGAUAAGCCAGAGAAACCAACUCAGGUUUCUGGAGCAUGUGGAACAAUGGGGGAGGCCUGUGAGCCAACUUCAGGUAACACAGACCGGGAGACCGAGGAGCAGGUGCAGUUCAAGAAUAUUUUUCGACAGAUUGCGGGUGAUGACAUGGAAAUUUGUGCUGAUGAACUCAAGAAUGUUCUCAACACAGUGGUGAACAAACAUAAAGACUUGAAGAUAGAGGGAUUCACCCUGGAGUCCUGCCGAAGCAUGAUUGCCCUAAUGGAUACAGAUGGUUCUGGGCGGCUGAACCUGCAGGAAUUCCACCACCUCUGGAAGAAGAUCAAGAGCUGGCAGAAAAUCUUCAAACACUAUGACACAGACCACUCCGGCACCAUCAACAGCUAUGAAAUGCGUAAUGCCGUGAAUGACGCAGGCUUCCACCUCAACAGUCAGCUCUACGACAUUAUUACCAUGCGCUACGCAGACAAGCACAUGAACAUCAAUUUUGACAGCUUCAUCUGCUGCUUUGUACGGCUGGAGGGCAUGUUCAGGGCUUUCCAAGCCUUUGACAAGGAUGGGGAUGGCAUCAUUAAACUCAAUGUUCUCGAGUGGCUGCAGCUUACAAUGUAUGCCUGAACAGAGCCUCCCUCAACUCAACUAAAAUUAAACAUUACGAACCACUCACAUCAACCACAGAAGCUAGAGCCACUUCUAAGAAACAAGCGGCGCCUCUACCAGCCUUGUGUUUCCCAUGGUGGUUCUCUUCCCUGUCAUUCUGUGCUCCCAGCCAGUCUCAGGAUUUUCUGGUUUCAUUAUUCACUUCAUCUGCCCUCAGGCUGCUCCCCAACUAACCUUAGUCUCCAUGCUAAGGGGUGAGCAGAGAUAUAACUUCUCUUCCCUACAAAAGCAGUGACAAUAUCCCAGAAAGCACUACAGUGAAGCAAAUCUCAGCCAACUUCAUACAGUUGCAGUUAGCCAUGGGGCAAGAUUUUUAGUGGAGAGAUAAGUCCAGACACCUAAAAGGCUAAUUAUAAUUAGGUACUAGAGCAAGGAUUUGAGCUGCCAUGGCUCCCAAGAUUUGUCUUUGGACUGCCCCCAAAUCUCCAGAUUAGAAUGGACUUCUGGGAAGGGUGAGACAUGCUAUAAUUAAUUACUACUAGGAAACUAUAACUAGUUCAAAACCAGACCAGGGUUGAAGAAGGGGAAAGAAAUACCUCCUGGGGUAUUUGUGCAACAUUGUCCUUUGCUGGUUAAAUUAAAGAAAAAGUCCUUCAUUGUUGACAUGUUGGUGGACAUUAAGCAUGAAGUGCCUCCUAGACUCCUUCCCUUCAUCCCAGCCCUUGGUUCUGCCUUAGUUUUAUUUCAGAAUUGUAUCUGUUCUGGAUUUAUACAGAGGAAAGGUAGAUCAGGGCAAUUCCUUGUUGGAUUGUCACAGGUGACUGACUGGUUGUGGUCCCAAUAAGAGUUCCCAAUUAAUAAAAGGCAUGUGUCUGGC